AUGGCAGAGAAGCGGAAGCUGCAGCAGGAGGUGGAAAAGACACUCAAGCGUGUCGAGGAGGGUUUGGAUGCGUUCAACGACGUCUGCGAGAAGAUACACGGGCCUCUGGUCAGCUCGUCGCAGAAAGAGAAGCUCGAGAACGAGUUGAAGCGCGAAAUCAAGAAACUGCAGCGGUUUCGCGACCAGAUUAAGACCUGGCAAACGUCGUCAGACAUCAAAGACAAGGCUCCACUCGACGAGGCGCGAAAGAAAAUCGAACGCGAGAUGGAGAGGUUCAAGGUCUGCGAGCGCGAAUCAAAGAUGAAGGCCUUCUCCAAGGAGGGCCUCGCAGCCAAGACGAAGCUCGACCCGCAGGAGGAAGAACGGAACCGCCACCGCGAGUGGCUGAACGAAUUCAUCUCCGCGCUCAACACUCACGUCGACGCACAUGAAGCCGAAGAGGAACUGCUUCACAGCAAUAAAAAGGGCAAGCAGCGCGACCAGGCCAAUACAGAGCGCCGCCUCAGCCAGCUGCAGCUCUAUGUGCAGCGGCAUCGCUGGCACAUCAACAACAUGGAGUUGAUUCUGCGGAGACUCGAAAACGACUCUCUCGACCUCUCCGUCAUGGACGAACUCAAAGAAAGUCUGGAGCUCUAUAUUGAAACCUUCAGCGAUCCCGACUUCUUCUUUGACGAAACGCUCUACACUGCGCUCAACCUCGACGCGCCCGAGGACAACGCGAGUGAAGUCGUCAAGGACUCUGAGGAGGAAAAUACAAACUCGGAACCGUGCGGAGACGCGACGCCUCCCAGCGGCGCGGGGAGUAAAGAGGCCUCCGGCGCGGGCGCGAGCCCCACGAGCACGUCAAGUAAUCCCCCAGGCGGGUCUCAGCGGACGGGCCGCCUUGCCGCUGGAUCUCCGGCAGCUGCGGGCGAGACAGGCCGCAGCAGCAGCACACAGAGUGGAGUCUCUACAGCGAAUCGCGGGGCGGCGUCCUCGACGCGCGCCUCUCUGGGAACCGGCGGCGCCGCUGCGGGGCCCCAGAAGGGCGAGAAGGCGGUCGGAGGAGGCGAGAGUGGUCAGAAGGCCACGCAGGCAGCCGGCGGGGCUGAGAAGGGCGCCGGCAGUGAAGGCGCCGGAGCGUCCUCCGCGGGCGCGGCGGCGGCGGCGCUGAACGGCAUGGCGACGAACGCGGCGGGCGGCGCGCAGAAGAAGGGCGCCGCAGAGAAGGCGGGCGGAGAGAGCGGGGCGACGGGAGGCCGCAAAACAAGUCACGAAACCGACCGCGCAGGCGCCGCCUCGCCCGCGCAGGUCUCCGCGAAGCCGCGGUCGGCUUCCCCUGGCGCAGAGAACGACGCCUGGACGGGGAGGCGCGCCGCGGGGUCUGCGUCGACGCCCCCCGCUGCGGACCCCGCGCUCGCAGGCACCAGCCGCUGGGUCACCGUCGCCGGCGCGGGGGCCUCCGCCGGGUCAGCUGCCCCGAAGGGGACUGCGGGUGCGGAGCCAGAGGAGAGCCGGAAACGCGAAGAACUCGAGAAGGCGUCAGGCGCAGCGGGCAAAGACAAGCGCGCAGCCGGCAAGGCGCAGGCCGUAGGAGGAGGAGAGAGCGCUGGCGCCCAGACGGCGGGGGCUGCGGCCGCCGUGACCGGGGGGUCGACGGACCCAGCUAGCGGUCGAGGUCAGCAAGCCAAGGGCGCCGCGGGCGCGGAAGAAGAGAGAGUCGGCGGCGAGGAUGGCAGAGAGAGAAGGGCGGGCGAGACCGACCAAGCGACUUCAGCAAAGUCCGCAGAAGAAGACGCUGAAGGAAAAUCCGCCUCGGGACUCGGGAUGCCUGGCCUCCAGGGCAACUCAGGCAGCUCACUUUCGGGCAUCGCGGCGCUGGUCGGCUGCAGCCAGGCGCACUGUCCUACGCGCUCCGAUGGCGAGCAGACGCAGGGCGGCAGCGUCUGCGGGCGCAACGCUGCGUCGGCGCUGGGCUGGGGGGCGAACGGGGUCUUCGGGGUGGGACCUGGAGGCCCCGGGGUUCGUUCGCUGCCGCCGCUGUCGCCGCAGAUCCCCUGGACGUGCGCGCCGGAGAGCUUUCCCGACACCCCGUUGGCAGGCUACGACACUCGGCAGCUGUUUUCGCGGUUGGACCUUGACACUCUCUUUUUCGUCUUUUACUAUCAACAGGGGACGUAUCAACAAUAUUUGGCAGCUCGCGAGCUGAAGCGCCAGUCCUGGAGAUACCACAAGAAAUAUUUGACUUGGUUCCAGCGCCACGAAGAGCCGCGAAUCACGGCGGACAAAUACGAGCAGGGCACGUACGUCUACUUUGACUACGACUCAGGGUGGUGCUCGAAGAUCAAGCAAGACUUCACAUUCGAGUACUGUUGGCUCGAGGACGAGCUCGCCGUCUAG